AUGCCCUUUGAAAUUGCCGAAAAGAUUUCGGCAUACCAUCUCAUCCCACAAACCGUAGACGUAGCCCUCGACCCCCCAGAAUCAUACUUCUUCAUUACAGACUUCCUCAUCAUAGCCUGCGGUAUUUUAUAUACACUAUGCUACCUCUUCUACACCAUCCGCACAUACAGCGACCGCUACCUCGCCGGCACAGUGCAAUUCCUCUCGGCUACCAUGGCGUAUGAGAUCUACUAUGCCUACGUGUGCACCACGACGGCCUUUCAGCGCGCCUGUUUCUUCGUGUGGUUUUUGUUUGACAUCACGUUUGCCGCUGUGGCGUUGCGGUAUGCAUAUGCGCCUGAGGAGCGGAGGGCUACGAUAGAGAAAAUGGCGUGGCAGAUCCCCGCGUGGAUGGCUCUGUUGUGGUAUGCGGGCGUGUUGUGGCCGGAUGAGAGGGAGCAGGUUACGGCGUUCUGGACGGGUUUGUAUUUGGAGUUGCCGAUUGGAUGGGGGCAGAUUUGGUAUCUGAUCAAGCGAAAGGAUACAAAGGGGCAGAGUUUGGAGAUUUGGAUCACACGCUAUCUGGGCUGCAUUACGGCUUUCCUGGUCUUCAUCUGGCGGUAUGUGAAUGUCCCAGAGAAUUGGUCGUACGUGAAUACCUGGCCAAGUAUUGGUGGCAUGGUGAUUACGCUGUUGCCUGAGACGGUGUAUCCGUUCUUUUAUAUUUGGGCACAUGAGAACGAGAAGGCGAGGGAAAGGGCUCGGAGCGCUGCCAAAACCAUAAUACCAAUUAAGAUAGAACAAGGGGAGACCAAAGGCUAG